AAAUUAUCCACCAACUCCCUCUCUCUCUACAAACACAACGAAAAGCUUUCCUCGUCAAAUCAGCCAAAACAUAAGAAAAUGGCCAUCCUCAGGAAAUCUACAAAACUUGCUCAAACAACAAUGCUUAGGAAUAUUCGGAAGAGAUGUUCGAGCUUGGGAAAGAAGAAUGGAGGAGAAGGAUAUGAAGAAAAUGAUCUCCCACUUGAUGUACCAAAGGGACACUUCCCCGUCUAUGUAGGAAAAAAUAGGAGUAGAUACAUAGUUCCGAUCUCUUUUUUGACCAAUCUUGACUUCCAAUGUCUUCUUAGAAGAGCUGAGGAAGAGUUUGGUUUUGAUCACGACAUGGGUCUCACCAUUCCUUGUGAUGAACUCUUCUUUCAAGAUCUGACAUCCAUGAUCCAAUAAGACCUAUCUACUUUCAACAAGACGAAGAACAAGUAAGCUGAAGGAGGUAGAGAUGGAGAUGGUUAAAGAUGAAGUUUUUUAUUUUAUUUUUUGUAGCUUCUCUUUUUUUUUUAACAUCCUCUCUAUUUUCUUCGGUUUGAUGAUUCGAUGUAUUCCUAUAUUUUCUCUGUUUCUUUUGUUGUAUUUUUAAGCUCUCUUGGGUAUUUUUAUGUGUCCAUUUUGUCUCGUCUAACCAAAAAACCCACGAGAUUGAAAUUUUUGGGUUUAGAUCUCUUAAGAAAGCUUGUAAGAUUUUUUUUUUUUUUUUUUUUGAACUUGGAUUGUAAGAUUUUCC